UACUGAAUGCGCCUAAUAGCUUGCUGUGCAAAAAUUUCUAUUCGCAUUUAACUGUUUCGCCUCGAAUCGAUUGCUUCGCGGUUGCAAUGCAACGCGCGCGUAGCACAACAACUACAACAUUGGAAAAGAAAAUUUUAUUAUAACUAUUCUACUACAAACAUACAUAAAUAUACAUACAUACAACAAUAAAUAUAUAUAUAAAAAAGGAAAAGAUAUAUAUGCAUUACAUUCUAUAUAUUGAAAAAUAGAAAAUUUUUAACUCUACACUUGCAACAAAACAAGAAAAACUAAUUUAUUAUAUAUAAAUUUUAACUUAAAAAUAAAAAGAUUCAAAUUGCUAAAUGUAAAAGUGUUAAGUGUAAUGAAAAGUUUUGAAAAAAAGUAUGAAAAAUUUGUGUUAAUAAUCGAUUUAUGUAUAUGAAUGAAAAAAAAAACCAAGUGAAGAAAGAAAAAAAUUUUAAAAAGAAAAAAUUUAUAGAGUCUCCUGCAGUGUGUGUAAAAUGAAAAUGACAGAAAAAAUAGAAACAAUAACAAAAUGUAAGUGAAAAGCAGAAAAACCCAAAACGAGAAAAAUAAAAAAGAAGAAAAAACAUAGAAAUGAUUUACACAAAAAAUAAGUUGUAAAAAAAUCGAUUCGAUGGAGUAUCACACUAAAAACAACAACUAAAACUAAAAGGGCAGAAAAUAAAAAGUUCUAAAACAAAAAAUUAAAUAAAAUUAUAAAUUAUUAAAAACAAGUGUUACUUUAAACAAAAAAUCGGAAAUAUAUUGAAAAUAGAUAACUAAUAUAAAAACGAAAUUUGGUUUCUUAACUAUUCACAUGAAAAACGUCAAAAACACAAGAAAAAUAGUGAAAAUUUUAAAUGAAUUAAAAGCAAUGAGUUUAUUGACCACCGAAUUACUACAACGAGGCUCAUUUUUAUAAAUUAUUAACAAAAUAUAUAGAAAAAACGUAAAAAUUAUUUAACAACUAAAAUCGCUUAAUUAUUAUUAUAAAUUCCUAUAAAGCAUAUAAAUUUACUUUUACAUAAUUCAUAUCUCAAAAAGAAAAAUUUUCAUCAAAUCUGUAACAAAUCUAAGAAAACAUUAAAAGAAGAAGAAAAAGUAUUGUAAAAGAAGAAACACAGAAAAAAGUUGUGUAUUAGAGUUUCUAUAUGUUUGUGUGUGUAAAUUAAACAGGACAUUCUGUCGAAAAAAAGUGGAAUACAUCAUCACAUCUCAACAUCAUCAGAUUCAUCAAAUCAAACUAUCAACAAGGACAACAAAGGAAAAGAGAAAAAAAUCAUUUCACAUCAAAUUCGUACAACACGAGCUUAGUUUAAGGAAUCCAUUUUCAAAUUGAAAACUUUUCGAAUUGGCCACAUCAAAUUCUUAACAAAAAACAAAAAAUCAACGUGAUGCUAACAACGAAUCCAUGGACCACUUUGCUAAAUAAGAAACAACAACAAAACUCUAAAAUGGGAGUAGAGUAGAAAAAAAAGAAGACGAAAAGAACCGAAAAUGAGUCAUAAUCAUGUGUAAUCAUUGAUAAUGCUCAUCACAACAUUUUUUCUAUGACAAUGCACAAUUUUAAUUAAACGCAUACAAAAACAUACAUAUAUCAUUGUCGUUGUCAUUGUCGUCGUCGUCGCCAAUUUCGUCCUUGUCGUCAUUACAUUUGUCGUUUACAAACGCCAUUGUUGUCUCUACUCCAUCAUCACCAUCAUUAACAGCAGCAACAACGAACGACAUUCGACAACUUCAACCCAAAAAUUAGAAAAAAAAGAAAAACAGCAACAAAAUAAAAAUCAAAUCAAAACGACAGACAAAAGAAAUUGUUGUUGCUGUGUGUGCCAUGAUUAAACGUAAAUGAGGCAGGCCGUCACUCAGUCAGUCACUCGCAGUUCCAGUUUGAAAUUGUUUGAAAUAGAAUAGAGUAAAGAAAAAAACAAAAAAAAAAAUCAGAAAAUCAUACAAAAAUUGUGCAAUCACUUGUUCGUGUAAUUGUUAUUAAAUGCAGCUGCUAUUGUGUUUAAUAAAUACGUGCCACAAAUACGCCGUGUUGUCGUCGUUAUCACCUUACCAACACCACUAAAUGCAGUGGAAGAAGAAGUUUACUCGAUUGAAAGCAGCUACAGGACAUUCGCGUGCGCGAAGAAUGCUUUGUUGUGGACGAAGAAAGGAAAAUGGGAGAUCAGUUCCUGAUGUUACGGCGAGCCCGGGUCGUGCGCCGCCUGGACCCCUGCCAACAAAUCAAUUGCAAACGAUGGUUAACCAACAGCAGGCUCAUCAUCAGCAGCAACAAGCCCAACAGCAACAACAUCAGCAGCACCAUCAACAGCAACAGCAGAGACAGGGUGGUCCCAAGGAACCGGUGCUGUUGCAAGGCGAUUUCCGUAAAGUAUCGGGUAUCAGUUCGGAGAUCUUUCGUCAGAUAGAAGCUGUUGAAAAUGACCAUGAUCCAAAUACAGCAGCGGCUUUGGAAGCGGUGGAGAGACGUGGUGAGAUGAUAGUUAGAAUAUUAGAGCCUCAUAAUAUAGGUGGUAAACAGGCCGUGGAAGCUGCUCAUAAACUGUUGUCUAAAAAGGAUAAUAGACAUAUAGUACAGUUGGUUGAAAUAGUUAAAAGACCUGGUCAAACUUUGGGCUUAUACAUACGAGAAGGUAAUGGAGCAGAUCGUACGGAUGGUGUAUUUAUAUCACGUAUAGCUAUAGAAUCUGCAGUAUCAAACAGUGGCUGCCUAAAGGUUGGCGAUGAAAUUUUGGCCGUCAACUUAGUUGAUGUCACUCACAUGUCAUUGGAUGAUGUUGUCAUUAUAAUGUCAAUUCCUCGUCGCCUAGUCUUAGCUAUACGACAGCGUUGUGGUAAUCGUGGCACUGGCUCUCCUGGACCACCCUCACUAUCACGGCCAGAGCAGAAACCUCCACCGGUAGUUGUUAUGAAGCGCGAUUUACGAGACGAAGAUUUAGAUGAGACUGAUCACAUGUCCAGAUCCCGUUCAUCACGCGAAAGACGUACAGGAGAUGGUCGAGAGAUGUCCGAGUCCCGUUCCCGGUUAGGUUUAGGUUUAAACAACUAUAGUCCACAGUCGGAGCAAUUGGAUUUAUAUUACAACACACGCCCCGGUGUGGAACCGCCCAAUUGGGGUUAUAAACCACCACCACCUCCAUCGUCUGUAAUAACUGAACAACCGAAGGGUCAUGCGUUUGCGCCUUCUCAUGCCUACUACAAAAAUGCCGGAACUUUAGAAAGUUUAGCCGAGAAAGUUCAUGCCUUCUAUCCUGGUGCUCCCUCUCGGCGAUUGUCGGUUGGAAAUGUACCUCAAAGAGCGCGUUUCCCACGUUCUGGUUCCGAUCAACAUUUGCCCAGAGUGGAAUAUGCCGACUACUCUAAUUCUUUGGGACGCCAUUCACUCUUAAGGCCUAGCAUCAAGCCUAGUGGUGCCGGACAGGUAAUUAUGGCUCCUGGUGGCACUUUGGGACGUUAUGGCCGCUAUGAUCCCCACACUGCUUCGAAAUAUGGUCCAAGUGGCACUCAAUCUUUGACUCGGCGUUCACGGCCCAACCUGGAUUAUUCCAGUGAUACAGAGGCUACCGUGGGACCACGUCCCAGUUACUAUUACUACAAUAGACCUGCUAUUGGUAGUAUGCCCCGAGGUGCUUCUGGAGCUGGAACAUCUGUGUUGGGAGGUGGCCCUGAUAUGGCGAAAUUCAACUCACUGCCAAGAGAUCGACCAGGUGUACGUUUACCAAGUGGUAUACGUUCUAGAAUUGGUGACCGCAUUAUGGAUGAAAAUGAUGGUAAUAUAUCAGCACCCGAAUUCAAUGCCAGACGAGAUCGUGACUUAAGAUCGCGCAUUACUGCCAGCCCUUCAAUCUUUACUUCUGAUGAGUACAGAGCUUGGUUACGUAGAGCACCCAGUAGUUCGGCCAUAGCAGAACAAAUGCGCAUGACGAGGGAUUUAUUGUCGCAGCCACGAUCACAUCGUUUUUCAUGCAGCGCUGAAAAUAUACAUGAUGCUCUUAGAAAUACUGAAAACAUUUACUCAAGUCGAACUGGUAUACUAGGUGCUGGUACUUUGGAUCGACACCUGGGCAUGCCACGUCCCAUCUCUGCACUGCCAGUACGUUCAAUGUCAUCGCAGCACAUUGGCGGUCCUUCCUCGAUUCGUUCGCCCAGUAUACGUCGCAUGCGCCAGCUCUUAGAACUAUCCGCUGGGCCUGCAAGCCCCAGUGGUAGUAUUAUGAGUACGGCCGGCCACCAAAGUCCAGCACCUACUCCGAGCGCAACACUGCCACGUUCGCAUCGUCAAAUAGAUAUUAAUCCUGCAGAAUUUAGCAAAUACAAGUUAGACAAACCCAUAGUGGAUGUCGGUGGUGUAUCGGGUAUGUUAUGGAUUCAUCUUUUAGCGGGCCGUGGCCUACGUUCGGCUCCCGAACUAGGUGCACAGCACGUUGGAGGAGGUCCUCAUGGACCGGCGCCUUCACGAGAUCUCUACUGUGUGAUAGAGUGCGAUCGUGUGCACAAAGCUCGAACCGUAGUAAGAUCCGGAGAUUUACAGUUUGACUGGGAUGAGUCCUUCGAAUUGGACUUGGUAGGCAAUAAACAACUCGAUGUUUUAGUUUACUCUUGGGAUCCCCAACAUCGCCAUAAAUUAUGUUAUCGUGGAGCUAUAUCAUUAUCGACCAUACUUAGGCAGUCACCAUUGCAUCAGUUGGCUUUGAAGGUGGAGCCAAGAGGUACCAUUUACAUACGUAUGCGUCAUACAGAUCCAAUAGCAUUGUAUAAACGUCGUGGAUUGCCCAGUUUGCGUGCUGGUUAUCCAACAUUAUUUGGCGCUGAUUUAGAGACUGUAGUUAAUAGAGAAUCAAAAGGAGCUCCAGGUAGUGCCCCAGUACCGAUAGUUUUACGGCGUUGUGUAGAAGAAGUGGAAAGAAGAGGUCUCGAUAUUAUUGGUCUUUAUCGUUUGUGCGGUUCUGCAACCAAGAAGCGUUUACUGAGAGAGGCAUUCGAACGUAAUAGUCGUGCCGUGGAAUUGAGCCCAGAACAUGUUCCUGAUAUCAAUGUCAUAACGGGUGUACUUAAGGACUAUCUGCGCGAGUUGCCAGAACCAUUAUUCACCCGGUGUCUCUUCCAAAUGACAGUCGAUGCUUUAGCUGUCUGUCUCCCUGACGAUCCCGAAGGCAAUGCUAAACUUAUGCUUAGCAUUUUAGAUUGUCUACCCAGGGCGAAUAGGGCCACUUUAGUAUUUUUACUCGAUCACUUGUCUUUAGUUGUUUCCAAUUCCGAGCGCAAUAAGAUGUCAGCUCAAGCUUUAGCCACCGUUAUGGGUCCUCCCUUGAUGUUGCAUUCAGCCAGUGCCCAGCCCGGUUCAGAUAUUGACCAUGCACAACCCAUUGCCGUGCUGAAAUAUCUCUUGCAAAUCUGGCCACAACCGCAAACACAACAUCAUCAGAGUGCGGUAACUGUGGGAGCUGCUGGAAAUAUUAUGGACAGCAUGACUGGUGUGGGUGGUGCUCCUGGUGUUGUUGGUAUGGGGGCCGGAUUAGGCGCUGGUCUGAGUGCGGGCAGUAUGUCAAAUAUGGCCGGUGUUGUUUCAGGUCGGCGCGGCGAGUCAACAGGGCAGCGUGGAAGCAAAGUCAAUGCGUUGCAAGUGGACAGACAGGCGCUUCUAUUGCAGCAGCAGGCGCAGCUCAUGGCGGCGGGCAAUCUACUACGCUCGUCCACUUCGGUAACCAACAUACUUUCUCAAGGCCAACAUCAGCUCUCAGCCACAGUCAACAAUCAUCUGUAUCAAUCAGUAGUGGGUCAGUUAGCUCAAUCGCAUCGAGCCUUGCAACAAGCGGUGCAACAGCCCCAUCAAUUGGUGGACUCAGUGGGCUCAGCAAUUCCCGACCAAUCGCCACUGCCUCUUCCAGGCACACCCUCCCCCGGCAGUAGUUCGGCAUCGACAGGAUCAGGUUCGGGUUCAGGUAAAAGUACUGAUACCAUAAAACGCGGUGUUUCACCAUCAUCCGUUAAACAGAUCAACAUGCAGGAAUCGGUCAGUUCUUAUUCACUCAGUCAAAGGAAACCCGAUAAAGAUUAUAACCACGACGAUAAAACGUCCAUGCAUUCAUCCAUCACCACCAACAACAGCAGCAGCAACAAUAUUCUUCAUAAUAACAAUCAACAAUAUGCUGCAUCGACAUCAUUUAAUACUACAACAACGGCAACAGCAACCAAUCGCAAGGGAGUUGAUUUCUAUGAACCGCACAAAACUCAGACCAAAAACGACGACGACAAUAAUGGUGUGGGGAGCGGCGGCAACAAUAAAUAUGGGGAUUCCGCUUUUAAACUACGGUCAGCAUAUGCAACUGCAGCGGGUGAUAAGACCACGUCGGCAACAUUGUCUACCGAGGACUAUAAGGCAAUGCGUAAUAAAUCAAGUAAUACAUCAUCGUCAUCCUCCUCACAGGCGACGGUAUUAAGUGCUGGUUCAACGGGCACUUCUGCUACCACGACCUCCUCAGAUGACUCGGAUGAUUUGAUUUCUUACAAAUCAUCAGCAUCAACUAAUGCCUUGUUGGCUCAGUCACAAGCUAUGACCACCACACAGUUGAUGUCCAAAUAUUUAAAACGAGAACCUCGUGUUCAGUUCACUCCAAUCAAAUCACCUGAUUCUCCUUCACCACCAGGAGGUGAUGCCAUACCGCGUGGCACUUACCAUCUCACCAGUGGUAGCAAGCCGGGAAUGGGCAAAUAUAAUGUGGAAAAGACGGAAAAAACAUCUUCUCCGUCUAGACAAGUAAGUGGUAAUUUAAGAGAAUCCUCAUCGACUGCAGUAUCGUCAUCAUCUUCAUCAUCGUCAUCCGGAUCCUCAUCGAUUGUAUCGACAGGCCGUAGGCUGUUCGAUAGCUUGGCCUCAGAACAUGACUCUGGCCGUUCGACAUUAGCAACAUCCACCACAUCAUCUGCAACAGCAUAUAAUAAUGACAUUAGAAACAGUGUAGCAAGUAGUAGUCAUAUUAGCAAUAAGUCAAUAACAAGCUCAGAACAACAGCAACCGCAACAACAGCAUCGUUCAUACGGUAGCAGUCUGUUCAGUACGAACGGUACGAAUGGCACACACACAAGUGCAAUGCAUGUGUAUGGCACUUUACCCAAACAUAGUUCGGGUAAUGGUGGUGGUAGUGGUAGUAUAUCCGGUGCUACAUUAUUCAAUACAUCUUCCUCGGCUACCUCUGCCGAAGGAAGAGGCACUGGCUAUACUUCAGGGACAUCGACAGCUACUGGUACGGCCAGCAGUAGUGGUGUUAGUUCAAUGACUGGUUCUACCAGUAGUUAUGAUUUCUAUACCAACUCCAAUGCCUCUUCAGCGUAUUCGAAUUCUAGUUCUAUGUAUGCUACCACAUCUAGACCUUAUAGUAAUGGCACCUCAGCCGCUGCUGCCUCAUCGUUGGGCACCAGUAGUAAUGGUGCUGGUAAUUAUCAUACAUUAGGUACUUAUCGUGUUCAAUAUGCCGCAACAAAUCCAUUUUUAGAUGCAUUUGAUGCGCCUAGUAAUGGCGGUGGUAGUGGUGGUAAUGGUGGUAGUAGUAGUGCUGGUAAUAAUGGUUCCAAUAAUGAUCAUCAUCAUAAUCAUCGUUCAUCAGCUAUGGCUGCUUUUCAUUCUGGCGAAUCGAAAAACGGCAGUGAUGAAUAUGAUGAUUUAAAGUAGACAGCAGGCUUGUUUCCAAAAAAAUACUAAAUAUAUAGACUUAUUAGACAAACAAAUACAUACACACAUACAUACAACAACAUGUUCAUCUAGUCAAGUAAAUUUUCAUUAACAUUACACUUAACACUUUUUCAUAGAUUCAUAGUUAGGUGGGAGAGGAAAAAGAAUUAGAGAAACGUUUUUGAAUUUAAUAAAAGCUCUAUUAUUACAAAGCUUGUUUAGAAUUUAAAGUUUAUUUGUAAAAUGUUUAAAAAAACCUUAAAUAGAAAUUAUUUAAUAAAGUUUUUAAAAAAUGUUCAUAAUAAAUUUUAUGUAUUUUAGUGCAAUUUCGGAAUAAACGAUAAUCGUGAGACUCUCUUUGCAUGUAUAAAUAAAAUAAAACAUUGUUACAUGCAAAGAGCUUUGUUGUGAAGCUUUUUUAUCAAUCAAGUCAAGAAAUUUAUCAUAUUUUAAAUAUGAUGCGAAAUUUCGAAUAAAGUUUCUUAAUAAAAACCUAUUAUUAAAUAAAGUUAAUAAAAUUGUAUUUUUUUACAAACUAUAUAUAAAUACAGUUUGGGCUUAAGCUCUUUUGCUUAAAAUCUUCAUUAAAGUAAUGUUCCUUAAAUUUUGUAUGCUUUGAUAUUUUUCUUCUUCCACCUAACAAAAUAUACAUACAUGUACAUUAAACUGAACAUACACAUAAACACUUGUAUAAUACCCAUUUCCGUAUCCUUAUUCUCCUUGUUCUCAUCAGCAGCAGCUCAAAUUCAUUUCCGAAUAACAUAUACAAAGAUGUAUGUGUGCCCCGUAUUGUACACAUACAUAUACAUAGAUGCAAAAUACACACCAAUACAAAAGUGAAUUAAACCCAACAAGAGAGUAAACAAUAAUUUUUUAGUUUUUUUAUUAAAUAAUUGACUUUAUUUUAAAUUAUGUUUUUUUAAUAAAAAAAACUAUUUGAAAGAUUUCAUUUUUUAAACAUUUACAAUUUACAAAACAAAUUUACAGAAAUACGAAAAAUUUAGUAAGAUGAAAAAAAGUAAAUAAUAUUAUUAAUAAUUAAAUAACAACAAUUUAACAAGACUAUAUAAAUAUAUAAGUGUAUUU